UCCAUUGGGCACCUCGAAAACUCCGUGAUGGAGCUGAGUGACUGGGUUGUUGCCGUCGAUUCUGACUUUGGGCCCACUGCCACCCCGAGCAGCUUCAUGCCAGGCCACUUGCAGUUUGCCUCGGCGGUGGAGUUUCGCUCAGAUCCCAGCCGAAGCUUCGAUCUCAUGAGGAACCUGCCCUUCUUUUGCCUCCUUUCUGUGAUUGAACAACAAGGUACAAAUGCGGUUCACUCACCCGGUUAGAGCUUUUGCACUCCGUCUUGCUAAUUGCGGCAAUACUUCAGGCCUCUCUCUGCCAGGACCUGUUGCCGUACAUGGAGACAUUCUGCCACAUCUUGCACCUCCGUCCUCUCACCCAAUCAUGGCAAUCGCCGACGCUUUUCGCCUGGCGUGGGCCCCUGCUGCGGUCGACUUGCCCAAUGUUGCCUCACAGCUUCAACUAUAUGUUCCUGAGCGGCUCGAGGACGGCAUAUCAGGCUUAUUCCUAAAAAAUCUUGGGAUUUUGUCAUCAGUUACUGGUGGACUCCCGCUAAUCUUCGCAUUGGUGUCAUUCUUGGCAUCAAAUAACCACAUGACUGAUCGGAUGAUGGACGAUUUCCUUCGAUGGGUCGUUGGCCAAAAAUACACAAGCUUCCUGAAGCGGUUUCUUGAGAUCCGGACGCCAACGGUCCAGGCUUUUGCAGACGUGCUCCUGGACUCGGCCGUCGGAUCAAAAAAUAUUCAAGUCGUUGACAUGCUCCUUGAAUACGGCGUCGAGUUCGACAACGUGCUGCUGUGUAAUAUAGCACGCAUUGGCGACGCUGAUCUCACGCAACGCGUCUUGUGUAAAGCGAACCAAGCAUGCUUCAAGCUGGACAUAGGGGCGAAGCUUUUGUGUCAGUGUAUCUGGCAUGGGCAACUUGACCUCGUCCGAUUUCUCCUCAAGAAAGGAGUAUCCCCAGACGCAGAGUCUGGCCACAUGUCGGCGCUUGAGACAGCGAUGUUGAGGAACAGCAUUGAAGCGAUCAAGAUUCUUCUUGAAGCUGGCGCUGACCCCAACCGGCGGUCUUUUGGGAGUCAGACUACUCCCAUGGAGUACGCGGCUCUCAAUGGAAGGACCGAGGCGGUCAAAUGCCUCCUGGCACAUGGUGCCCACGUGCCCGAAAUCUCAUCGCGCUUCCACGGGCUGACUGUCCUUGAAUGGGCAGCGUUAAACCGCCGGGACAUCUUUGAGCUUUUCAAGCAAAAUCUGCCGGUUGGAGCAGGUGGCUCCUUGCUGGCCGAUCUGGUAGACGCGGCAAGCUCUGGUCCUGACGCUUUCAGAGCGUAUAUCGAGGGUCAACCGGAAGGAGUGACGACGCACCAACUGGAGCGAGCUCUGGAAGCAUCGAUACGAAGUGACCGCAUUUUGGCAGCUGCCACCCUGCUUCAGUACGGGGUUGAUCCAAACGGCCCAACCCUCGCGAUUCCACCACUCACCACUGCUUCGACCGUGGACGAUAAUGAACGAUGCCGUCUAUUCCUGAAGCUGCUUAUUCUGCACAAGGCAGAUCCCAGUGGACAGCCAGGACUUCUCGAGAGCCUUGCCGAAAGACUCAAAGACCAGAGUUUCUGGGACGCAUUCCCCGCAUACCUGGUUGACUCAAAGCAGAGGAUGAACGCUUUGGUGAAAUCAGCCAGGAAUGGAAACAUCGCCGCAGCAGCCUGCCUCCUAAAGUCAGGGUUGGACAUCGACACCCCUGUGCUGUGCGAGAAAGACCGGACCAUGUACCCUUCAGUGUGGUUAAACCCGCUUCAAAUGGCGGCCAGAAGUGGUCGGGAAGACAUGGUUCUAUUCCUGGUUGGCAAAGGAGCGAAUAUCAACGCGCCAGCGCAUCCGAUAGACGGGCGAACAGCAUUACAAGCAGCACUCGAGGGCAACACUGGCGACUCGCAUGUCAGAGUUGCCCAGCUAUUACUCCGGCUUGGAGCCGACGCUUCUGCGGCGCCAGCAUUGCUUGGAGGCCUGACAACCCUGGAAGCAUAUCUUGGUCAAAGGCUUUUCGAACCCCAAGAAACCGAAGUAGUGGAAGAAUUUUGCGAUAAGCUGUUGGACGCCGGCGCCUCUGUCAGCCGGCCUGGCGGCGAACCAAGCUGGGCACUUCACGAAGUCGUCUCUAGAGGCUGGCAUAAAGCUCUUGCUCGCUUCCUUCGUGAAACCCCCAUCAUCGAUCACAUGUGGCGUGACAAGGUUGUCUCGUUCACAACAUGCACACCGACUCAACUGGCAUGUCUGCUUGGGGACCUAACAGCGCUGAGGAUGCUCUUGGAUCAUGGAGCUAGCGUUAACGAGGCACCAGCGUACAGUCGAGGACGUACCGCUCUUCAAGCCGCUGCCUUGCUGACGCCCCGGGUUGAAAAGAUGACAAUCGUUCACCUUUUGCUUAGUCGCGGCGCGGAUAUAAAUGCCGAGCCCUCGCCCGAGUACGGCAUCACGGCGCUACAGGGCGCUGCCAUAGCCGGGGAUCUCAAGCUUGCCGAAUUGCUUAUAAGCCUGGGUGCCGAUGUGAACGCCUGGCCUUCUGUCAAGGAUGGCCGCACCGCAAUAGAGGGGGCAGCUGAGCACGGCCGCCUAGAUAUGGUACGGCUGUUGCUGAAUGCAGGCGCAAUAGGUGACGUUAUUCGGGGGACAGGGCUUGAACGCGCGAUUGAGUUGGCAGAAGACAACGGUUACUUUGCUGUGGCUAACCUUUUGAAGAUGGAGAACCUAAGUAGGUAGCCCGUGAAGCCCGGGCCAAGACCACGAAGGGGACCGGCAUCCUUCAGUCCUUUA